AUGGCAUUGCAAUUCUCUCAGCAGGGAUUUUACGUCUACGGACAACCUCACUGGCCUGAAGAUGUCAAACCUGCCCUUACCGAAGAUGAUGCCUCAGUCCUCGACGACAGAGUUCUCGAUGCCUCCACUCCCACCGACAUGACAGCUGCCGAUUCCAACGAAAGUCAACGUCCCUCAAUGGCCAAAAUGGAGCGGGAUUACUCUACCGCGACACAUGUCUGGAAUGAGCGGCCCCAUGGUGUAUUGCCUCCUGCUCGUCACCACUCACAGUCCUCCAUUCCUCUAUCCGGCCUCAAUACCCAAUACUUCGGUCAAGCCAAUCCGACAAAUUACGGUUCCGGAUUCGCCCAUCCUCCAUCCUGGCCACUCUCUGCCCGCUCCGAGACCAAUACACCGACACCAUUCUUCGCCACAGUGAAUGAGCCCUUCGCCCAGCACGUCCAAUAUGAGGGUGGUCCUGUCACUUUCCCCAGCUAUGCACAGCAGGACCCUCUUUCGGCAGUCUCCAUGUCGCCGCAGUCAAGUCAAGGUGGAUGGGCUUCGACGACCUCAUCAGAUGCCGCCGAGACCGACCACGGAAUGAGGCGUAGGUACAGGGGUCCUGCAUCUGGUCUUGUUCUGAGAUCGGAUGGCAUUCGGAAGAAGAAUGCCAAGUUCGAGAUACCCAAAGAGAGAAAUCUAGACAACAUCGACAGACUCAUCAUGCAGUCCACGAAUGAGGAAGAGAAGAGAGAGCUUAAACAACAGAAGCGUCUUCUUCGCAAUCGGCAAGCAGCGCUGGACUCCCGCCAGCGCAAGAAGAACCACACGGAACGCUUGGAGGAAGAAAAGAAACUCAUGGACAACCAGAAGGUCGAAAUGGAAGAGAGUCUAACUCAGCUUGAAACCACAAUCAACCAUGAAAGAGAGCAGUGGAUGCACCAGCGUCAACAAUACGAACAGUUCGUCCAGCAGCUGCAGUACGAUCGGGAUGAAGCCAUUCGAACCAAGACCCUCGAGACGGCCGAACUUCGACGGCAAAACAAUGUGUUGAAGGACACAAUACGAGACCUGGAAAGGCAACAGCUUGCUCGAACGUACUCGACCAACACCUCGGACACUUUCUCGACCGACUUUGCUGGAUUCCGAGCACUUGAUCUGGAUGAUACCUGGGAGGACGAGUUCAGCUUGAUCAACAGCGAGGACCUAAAAAUGGAAGAACCUGACUCUCUUCAGAGGCAAGCCACUCCAAGGCCCACCGCGUCUUCACAGCAGUCCUCAAUGCCAAAUACCUCGUCCGUAGAUGGCAAGGAUGAUGCUGGGUUUAGCUGGAAUACUUUCUAUAUGUGCUUGCUCGCUGGCGCAUUCAUCGUCUCAAACACGGGCUCACAGGCGGCCAAGUCAGCACCUUCCGCUGCCGUCAUCACGUCAAACAUGCCCGCCCUAUCUGACGAGUAUCGCGCCGAGGCAGGCAAUGUUCUGAAUGCCGUGCUGGCGACCGGUCCCGAGGGCGCACAUGAGAUCCUGCCUAGCCGACAAGCCACCUCUUCAGACCACAGCAACUUUCAGCAUUUCGUUCCUAGUGCGGAGAAGGCACGAGGAGCGCCCCGAGUUUCGAGCACAGCGCUGGACAGUCUGCAUACCUCGCUCACAACGCCAUCACGCGAGCAAGAAGCCGCAGCAGCAUUCUCCCUCUCAGCCGCCUCCUACAAUCACAUUGUUAACCCUGACGGCAUGUUUGACGACGACGACGAUGACGAGGUCGUCGAGGUGAAACCCACCCGGUUACAGCAGUUGUUUGCAAGCAUGCAAGCUGAACGGGAUGGACUUGACAAGAUGAACGGGAUGAGCAGCAAGGCCAGAGAAAGGAGUGUGCUGCUUGACCGAGUUCCCGAAAAAGUCCUGCGUGACUUCAGGGAGAUGAUUGCUCGGGUCGAAUGA